CCACAAAAAUACUUGUAGGAGCAGAUCGAUUGUUACGAAGCUGCGGAGGCCUGUUGUUGUGCGUUGUGUUUUUGUGCGACGUUUCUCCUUCAUCUCCUGUACAACGGGACUGUGACGUGGGCGGUCCAGAUUGACAGCUAACGGCUAAGUCGUCCUUCCGUAGCAGCUGCCUGCGCGCUGUAUGUGCGGAAACAACAUGUCAGCACCUCUACCUGCCAUUGUGCCUGCCGCUCGGAAAGCCACUGCGGUGGUGAUAUUCCUUCAUGGCCUGGGUGACACUGGACAAGGCUGGGCUGAGGCAUUCGCGGGCAUCAGGAUACCACAUGUGAAAUACAUCUGCCCACAUGCUCCCACCAUGCCCGUCUCAUUGAACAUGAGAAUGUCCAUGCCUUCUUGGUUUGAUAUCUAUGGCCUGAAUCCAGAUGCAGAUGAGGAUGAGGCUGGUAUCAAAAGAGCAUCCGAGAACAUUAAGGCCUUAAUAGACCAAGAAGUGAAGAACGGAAUACCUUCUCACAGAAUUAUGCUCGGUGGAUUUUCACAGGGUGGAGCGUUGUCGCUCUACACUGCUCUGACCACUCAGCAGAAGCUGGCCGGGGUGGUUGCAUUAAGCUGCUGGCUUCCCAUCCGCAACUCCUUCCCUCAGGCAUCUGCGAACAGUGCUAACAAGGACAUGCAUGUUCUACAAUGCCAUGGUGAUGCCGACCCGCUGGUCCCCUUAAUAUUUGGCAGCCAGACCGCAGAGAAGCUGAAAAGCCUCAUCAACCCAGCCAACAUCACCUUCAAGAUGUAUCGGGGUCUACCUCACAGCGCCUGUCCAGAGGAAAUGGUGGACAUCAAGCGGUUCAUAGAGAAACAGCUUCCUCCCAUCCGUGAUGAGUGAACACGGGAGUGGCUGCACACCCGCACAACUCCAUCCAACUCAGACUUCUAUGGGCUUGACUUCUGUGAAGGUCCACGGACUCGAGGGACUACUGACUGUACUUGACAAAAAUCCACACUGCUACUUAUAGAGCGAGACAGGACCGGGGCUACAUGUUGGUCUGAAACGGACACGGCUGAAACGAUGCUGCUUCCAGAACUGGAGCCAAACACGACUGUCAGUGUUCCAGUAGAGUAACAUUAGUUGCUUGGUUGUAAAGUUUGUCGCCAUUGAGAAAAGCCAUUUUUCUGCAGGGAACGUAUGUAUCGGAUCAAUUAGGGCUUUAAAUACUAUUUUAAUACCUACUAUCUCACAAUAAAUGGGCUGUUGUU